AUGGAGGCUUCCGCCAACGGGUCCAGCUUUGGAAUCGACUCCUUACUUUCUCACAGACCCGGGAGCCCCAUGUCGAAAGGGGACAGCUUGGCGGCGGGGGGGGAGUGCCGCUCCCCGCUGGAGUUCAGCCCGAGAUCGGACGCGGAGAGCGGCUGCUCCUCCCCGCCGUCGCCGAGGAGGGAGUGCGUGGAGGAGGUGUCGCAAAGGCAGGGUCACGGCAUGGGUCUCGCGCAGCACCUCCAGCACGCGCAGCUGUCCGCGGGCUCCCAGCAGCGGACCGUAACCUCCUCGUUUCUCAUACGAGACAUACUGGCGGACUGCAAGCCCCUGGCCGCCUGCGCGCCCUACUCCAGCAACGGCCAGCCCACGCAGGAGCCCGGGAGGCUGGCGGGGAAGCUGGCGGAGGACUUCAUGGAGAAGCUCCACAGCAACUCCUCGUCAGACAGCGAGUACAAAGUGAAAGAGGAGGGGGACCGGGAGAUCUCCAGCAGCCGAGACAGCCCCCAGGUCCGCCUCAAGAAGCCCAGGAAGGCGCGGACCGCCUUCACGGACCACCAGCUGGCCCAGCUCGAGCGCAGCUUCGAGCGGCAAAAGUACCUGAGCGUGCAGGACCGGAUGGAGCUGGCGGCUUCCCUCAACCUCACGGACACGCAGGUCAAAACCUGGUACCAGAACCGACGGACCAAGUGGAAGAGGCAGACCGCGGUCGGACUCGAGUUGCUGGCGGAAGCCGGGAACUACUCCGCUCUUCAGAGGAUGUUCCCGUCCCCUUAUUUCUACCCUCAGAGUCUGGUGUCCAACCUGGACCCCGGAGCGGCUCUGUAUCUGUACAGGGGACCCUCGGCGCCCCCGCCUGCCCUGCAGAGACCCCUCGUCCCAAGGAUUCUCCUGCACGGUCUGCAGGGGGGCAACGAGCCCCCGCCACCUCCGCUACCCCCUCUUUCCGGUGUACUCCCGCGGCCGGCCCAGCAGCGCUGGUGA